AUGGGUUUACAUGAUUUAUACCCUGCCUAUGGAGGGCGUGGCCCAGGCGAUCUGAAGAUCGGACUCUCUCUGGGCGCCAUUGCUACUAUUUUCAUGAUCAUGCGCGUCUAUGUUCGGCUUCGAUUGAACAAAUUCGGAACUACAGCUCUGAUUUGGUCCCUUGUUGCCUGGACAUUUACUUCCGUCACACAAUCCAUGAGUAUACUUUCUAUUCUCUAUGGACAGGGCCAGCAUAUCGACAUUGUCUCCAAGACAGGAAAUCUGGAAAAAUAUUUAGUCUUCACAUGGGUCACCGUCUUCCUGUUUAGCAUCGCAAUUCCCAUUGGAAAAGUGGCUGUGUGCGCAUUUCUGCUUGAGAUGAACGGACCAGGCAAUCCUAAGACUCGACUCAGUCUUUAUAUUGUUGGUGGAGUGAAUGUACUCUUCGCUAUCCCGCAGCUAGUGAUCAUUUGGACUCAAUGUUCACCCGUCAACGCGCUAUGGGAUCCCAAUAGACAAGAACUAUGCCACACUUCAAGGGCUGCGUGGUAUACCGCUUUCCUUGGUGCUAUCGCGGCUAUAUCAGAUUUAUACCUCGCUAUCAUUCCAGCUGCGAUGCUCGGCCCACUCCAAAUUGAUAUCAGAUUGAAGUUGGGUUUGAGCUUCCUGAUGGGAUGUGGUGUUUUCGCUGCUGCUUCUGCAAUCGUCCGGUCUUGGGCUUGUCAGUUCAUCUUGGUCGAAGAUUCUACAUAUGGUACCGGUCUUUUGUUCCGUUGGGGUGAGAUUGAAGAAUGGGUUGUUCUCAUUUGCAUGUCUAUCCCACCAGUUUGGCCAUUAUUACGUCCCAUUACAAGCAAGUUUAUCGCAUCCAGCAACGGAAAGUCAAGCCAGGGCCCUUAUACCAGCAAGGGCUAUAAUCAGUUUGCCUCAACUGGAAGAGACCUUACUUCGACCGUGGAAGCUCCCAUUGUCACAACUACUAUUUCUAUUUCAUCCAACAAGAAUGGUGGAACAACAGGAACGGAGCGCGUGGAAACAUCAUCUUCAGACUCCAUUAUCAGAUACGACGAGGAGCGGCCCCAUAAUGUCUUAAAUACUAGCGGUGACCCCGAGGGCUGGGUUGAAAUGACUGGCUAUAAUAAACAUACUCAGUAA